AAGUGGAAAGAAAGCAAAAGGAGCAUGGUGUGGGAGAAAAGAUCAAUCUAUAUCUUCCUUCCUAAGACCACCUCCAAGCAACAAAGCUACACCCCUCUUUUUCACUCAGCACACAUACAAAUACAAACACACACUCCUGUCCUUUUCAUUCCAACUCUCUCUCUCUCUCCCCCUCAACCCCUCCCCCUCCUCCCAUUCUGAACUCCUGCUCUCAUACUCUCUAGUCUCUUCCAAGCAAGAAAUCCUCCUCCUCAAUUUCCUUACUCCGCAACCAAAUCAGGCACAACAACAGAAACCAUAUUAUCGUCCCUCUCUUCAACAAAAUACGCCACCGGUUUCUCUUCAUACAAAUCACAAGAGCAAGAAAAUGGAGCUGUUCCCAGCACACCCUGACCUGCAGCUGCAGAUCAGUCCUCCCUCAGUCACCAAGCCAAUGGACUUAGGGUUUUGGAAGAGAGCUCUAGACACCACAUCGCCUGCAACAUCAACAGCGGCAGCCAGUACAGCCACUACGGCACCAUCCAUCGCCAUCGCCUCCUCGGCGCCGACAGCCGACGCAGUCGGCUUCCAUCCGGCGGCCGCCGCUCAUCAUCAUCAGGGGUCCGGCCACCCCGGCCUCCCGUUCUUGCACCAAACCCAGCCCAUCCUACCGGAGACGCGCGGCCUCCGGGACGUGGCCUCAAUGAGGCCCAUCCGCGGCAUCCCCGUGUACAACACCUCGCAGGCGCUCCCCUUCCUCCAGAGCCAUCCGCACCACCGCCACUACAGGCAUUGGUACGACGCGAUCGGCAUCGGCCACGCCGCGGCCGCCGCCGGGCCGAGGUCUCCCAAGGCCGCGCUGCGGCUCGCGGCAGCGCCGGCGAAGCGGGGAGCUCGGGCGCCGAGGAUGCGGUGGACGACGUCGCUGCACGCGCGGUUCGUCCACGCCGUCGAGCUGCUCGGGGGCCACGAGAGAGCUACACCCAAGUCAGUUCUUGAGCUAAUGGACGUGAAGGAUCUGACCUUAGCCCAUGUCAAGUCUCACUUGCAGAUGUAUCGGACCAUCAAGACCACUGACCACAAACCAGCAGCUGCUUCAUCCUAUGGGCAAGCAGCUGCUAAAACGACUAUAGAUAUCUCCGACGACAACCUGUUUGACGUCACAAACACCACCAGCGGGUCUGAGUCGUCUGCGCAGCAAUCGAAUACUGACGGCAACGAGAAUGGUUCCACCAUUUGUGCUCUCUGGAGCAACUCCUCAGUAAGCAGGGGGCCCUGGUUCCAAGACAAAUCAAGAGAUGCCACUCCCGGCGACAUCAAAUCCUUCGAGGACAUGCAAUCACAGAGCCUUGAUGAUGUCUCCGACCUGAACUCGUCGCCAUUCCAAGUAACCGGGAUGCUCAGGAGCAAGAAACCGAACCUAGACUUCACCCUAGGACGAAUAUAACCCGCCGUCGACAUGUCGACAUUGACUGAGCAAGGAUCGGAUAAGAAGAAGACGGCUAGCUAGCUGCAUACAUCAACGUGCGUCUAAGUAGCCAUAUGAUCUGAUAUGUGGAGCAUAUAUACGCAUGUGUGCCCCAUAUGGUCGUCCGUACGUAGCUGGUGAAGGGAACCAAUGCUUGAAGAAAGGAAAAGAGAGGCCAGGAGUAAAGAAUAAGAUAAGACAACCGUCCAUCUAGGAACAAAGCGCAAAAGGAGCUAGGGGGAGACAUCGGUGCGUGCAUGUGUAGUGCCUGUGUGUGCGUGGUAGAUACAUAGCUAGAUAUGCUUUAUCAAAGGCAGGCAAGACCAUACAAGAGGUAGCUUGCUUGCCUGCCUUCUCAAAGGGCAUAUGCAUAUGCUCGUUGCUUUGCUUUUGGAUGGUGUACACAUGAAGAGUGAGGUGUGUGUGUACCUGCAGAUGCAUGAGCUUGCUAGGUAAGGGCCGGUUGGCCGGCCAAGGUUAACAAAAAGGCUCCAUCUUUUGUUAUAUGCUUAUGCCACAAAAAGUGUGUAAAGAGAGCGCAUCUGUUAUAUAUGCGCGCAUGUAUGUAUGGACCAUGCACGGGCUCAUGGGAUAGAUUCUUUCCCUGGACUGAGUAUAUCAUGCGUACCACCUGGUCGGAUUUGUAGUUCAUGAGCGAAACAAAA